AUUAUUUAAUUCCCGUUGCACACUUUCGCCACCACAGCCAGCUUGACCUUGUCAACUUUUUUGGACUGACAGUCCUUUUUAUCUUUUCUUCUGCUCCUUUUACAUUAUUAUUAUUAUUAUUUAUUAUUAUUAUUUGCACUGAUUGCUCUUGUAUCGUCUCAACCCUUUCCGCCUUCAGAAAUAAACUUCAUAUACACUACCGUCUUCGCUCUAUAAGCUUUCGAUCAUUCAAUCUGUCUCUCGGGUUGUCUUUCCCUCUGUGCAGCCAAGUCAACCCAACUGACGCCACUUUGAACGUGGACAACACACACUUUUCCAGCAAGACACCGCACCAACUCCCCUGAUGAACUGGCUUUUCAUGUUGCGAUUCAGGAACCAUGCAGACGCAUUAUUACCGCUCUCCGGCUAGCCCAAACCAUCAGAGUGGUCGUUAUGAGUUACCUCCAGUACAGUCAGUGACCUCUCCUUCUGGUCCUUUCCCACAGGGAACCUCCGCGGGGUUAGCUUCCGCUCCGCCGAGCAGGCCCGGCAGCGGACUGAGAAUGGCUCAGCUGUUACAGCCUCUGGGACAAACACCCUCGACAACUUCGACAUACACUCGUUCCUAUGAGUCUAGUGGCUCUCCCGCCGAAGUUCCUCCAAUCCGUUCGGAUGUCUCUUCGCUCAAUGGAUCUGUAUCGGGGGGCUCAACUCUUCCUCCGCCUGCAUCUGUGGUGGGGCAGCAGCAGCAGCAGCAACACCAUCAUCAUAGUCACCACCAUCAACAAGGUCUACAUCAGAAAAGGGCGUAUCGCCAAAGACGGAAGGAUCCGAGCUGCGAUGCCUGUCGCGAGCGGAAAGUCAAGUGUGAUGCGUCGGAAUCGACCAGCUGUACGGAAUGCACCAAUCGAAAAGUGCGAUGCCAGUUCACCAAGGAAACAAAUAGACGCAUGUCUUCUAUCAAACAAGUGCAGGAUCUGGAAAAACAACUCUCGUCGACCAAACAGCAACUUCAGCAACUGCGAGCGGGUAUGUUGAGGUCAGAUAAUCUUAUGGAUUUGGAAAUCGAUGGCACUGGACAACCGCAAUUGAAGCUACCCGACAUCGGCCCGUAUCGUCCCUCCCGAAGACCAAAAGCGCCGGUGUUGCAGGAUCUCAGCGAGGCUCGAGCCAAUCUGCGAAACUACGGACGAGGGAUUCUCAAGGUACCCAGGCCGUAUCGUCAGCCCGGCCCCAAGUCGCUUUUAACUGCUGAUCCACCUCGACUCCCUCCGAAAGAGGUCGCGAAUCACCUCCUCUCACAGUAUUAUUCGUGCAUUCAUUGUGUUCUACCAAUCAUCCACUGGCCCAGCUUCAUGAUUGAAUACGAGAAUGUAUACCGCAACGGAUCCCUUGUGGGUGUUCCUCGGGAAUGGGCCGCGGUUCUCUUCGGUGUGUUUGCCUGCGGGUCUCUGCACACAUUGGACCGGAAUAGAGAAGAGGAGGGGAAGGAGUUUAUCAAGAUCUCUUGCGGGGUCAUUGACGUCUGGCAAGAUAACUUCACACUUGAUCAAGCCAGAUGUGCCCUCUUGGUCAGUAUAUUCCUUUACGAAGUCAAUUCGAAAUCAGCGAGCUGGGUAUGGAUUGGAUCUGCAGUGAGGAUCGCGCAGGAGUUAGGCCUCCAUAUUGAAUCUGGUCCGUGGCCAGUUGUCGAGAGGGAAAUGAGAAGACGCAUGUGGUGGGGGAUGUACGCGUGGGACAGGCUUCUUGCGCUGGAGAUGGGGAAGCCGGUAUUGAUCAACGACCAAGAUUGCGACGUUGAUCUUCCUUGUCCGUUUGACGAGCAAUACAUCGCAGAGGGUGCUUGCGUGCCUGAAGGCCAGCAGACCACUCCACUUUUAGCCACCAUCCAUGUCGUCCGCUCCAUUGGCCAGUUGACUCGGACCUUACGAAGCUACAGUGUUUCCACCGGAACUCUUGAAACCUUCGAACGACACUUUAGCGCCUGCCUUGCAACCUUUCCUCCCCAAUACCAUCCGAAGUCCGAUUUACCUCUCGAUCCGCGCUCUCUUGCCCCGAUUGGCUAUCUUCAAAACGCCCGCCUCAUUCUCCACCGCCAUAACAUAUCUCCCUUUUGCUCCCCCAAGGUUCGAUCGGCGGCUUUGGAUUACAGCAUUUCAAUCGCAAAAGAUACUGCCCAUCUUCUUUCCCGUUGCAUGCGCUAUGCUUCGAGUACAGGGAACGAUGACUGGCGACCAUUGUUUGCAUCCUCGGCCGGGACGAUGCUGUGUACACAUAUCUGGCGUUGUGUGCUUUUGCUUUUGUUUCGUCAGGAAUUUGGUGCGGCAUUGGUGUGCGUUCAGGUCAGCGCCGUGGUUGGAGAUUCGCGCACCGUCAAUGCAGCCUGUGGACGGUACAUCGCGUUCUUCCUCAAAUGCCUGCUGGAGCGGUUGCGCCGGGGUGAUGCAGCCAUUCUGGAGCGGGACGAAGAAAUGAUGGCGUAUGUGUCCGGUGACAUGCAGGGAACCAGUGACGGCAGCUGGGUAUGGGAAGGCAGUGAGGCCGGUUCUCAGCUAGAGGCCAUGUCCCCAAAAUACGACAGCCCAGUAUCGUUCACCCACACUGGUGCCCGGAAUGAUUGGCCUAGCGGUGAAGGUUCAGAGAUCGCUUGGGAGGGCUGGGACUGGGUCGAGCGGACAGUCGAAUAUCUCUUGAAGGAGAAGCAGCAGCAACAGCAAGAGUACGAGCGGCGGGAUGUUCCGCUGGCCGCGAAACCAACCGAACCGGUACUUUUCAAACCGGAGCCUGCAGAGCCAGCACCAGCGCCAAAAGAAAUGAACUCGGUUCAGUCACGGAUGACGAUUGCGAGCAUCAUCUGAUUUGUACAAGACUGCUUGUCAGAACGGCCGUGAGAGUGCCCCUGUAUGAAGCGUCGCCAACGAAUUCGAGCUCAUGCUCCACGUACACGCUCUCUUCCCGACCAGUUGCUCCGCCACAGCAGGAGCGAGGUACGGAAUCGGCGCAGCAAUCUACUUCCGAACAGAUUUUGUCGGUGCCUUUGUGUUAUCUUCGCCAGUACUAAGACUGGAUCGAGGGUUUGGGCCACAGACGAGACGAGAUAAUGGUUUACGACAGAUUUCUGCUUAUAUGUUUGCCUAUGUAUACAUACAGCACAAUAUCCUAAUAUCCAUGCAGAUAGUGAUAUCCAUAGAAUUAUACCAUCAACCGGGUCAUAACGGUUGACGGAUCUGUUCAUC